AUGAAUAAUGAAUAUAAUGAAUUAUUAUUUUGGAAAGUUUUUAAAAAUAAUUAUUUAUUAAAUUGUAUAUUAAAAAAUAAAUGUUGUUAUAAAAGUAAAAAAUUUAAAACUAUUACAUCAAUAGAUUCAAUGUUAAAACAUAAACAAUAUCAACUGUUGAUAUGUAAAUUAAAAGCAGAUGAAAAUUUGUAUUUUAAAGGAAAAUAUGGAAAUGAUGAGAUCAUUAAUAGAAUAGAAGAUAUAGAAGUAUUCAAAGAGAUAUAUUCAUUAUUACUCUUUAAAGGUUAUCAAGAUACUAGGGAUCAUCGUAUUUUAUUCGAUAGUAUUUGGGGUAUAAAAUCAGUAGAUUUAUUUGAUUUUCAUUUAAAAUAUCAUCCAGAAGAAUUACAAACCCAUAUUACAACAUCCAUAUACUCAAUCUUGGUAUAUAAUCAUCCAAAAUUAAUAAUAAAGGUUUUAAAUUUUUUUAAAGAGUCCAUCAAUCAUAAUAAACCAAUAACUUUAACCAAAAAUGAAAGAAAUUAUUUCAUUAUGGAAUAUUUAUAUUAUUGUAGAUAUGGAAGAAAUAUUGAAGAAUUGAAAGAAAAGAUGAAAAUGAUAUGGAAUAUUCCAAUAUCGUCAACCUCAAUAUUUCAUAAUUCAGAAAAAAGAGUUCCAAGUGCGAAUGUAGGUUGUUUUCUAAAAUAUCAAAAAUUAUUACCUUUUGGAUUUAAUAAUAUUCAAACAUCAUUUGAUUGCUCUAAAGAAAAUCCAAGGAGUUAUUCUUCUAUUGGUGAUAGGCGGGGAGAUGAAAAUAAUCAACGUUCUGUUUAUAGCAUAAAUCAUUUAAAUAUGUUUUCAAGUUUUUGUUAUGACUUUGAUGAUAGUAUUUGCGAGUACAUAAAAGAUGUUAAAGGAAAUUUUGAGUGUAUCUCUUCAUCUAUCAAAUCAGUUUUAUUAUAUUUUAAAUUGUAUUAUUGCAACUAUGAUUAUAAAAGUAAAUCAAAAAGUAUACCAACAUCGAUUCAAACUCAAAUUGAUAUAAUAAUUGAAAAUAGUAAACAUAGACGUUGUACUGUAUAUCAAUCAAUUAAACAAUUAUUUCAACUAUUAGCCAUUGAAUCAAAAUCAAUUGUUUUAUAUGCAUUUUAUUUAAAAGAAUAUAAUGAACCAAUUGAUACCAUUGAACUUAGUGAAGAAAUUCAAUUAUUGUUAAUAUAUUACAUGAUAAAAACCUAUAACACCAAUAUAUUAAAGUUUCUAUUGAAAAAACAUUUAAAAAUCAAAUUAACAAAAUUAGAUUUGGACUAUAUUGGUGAAUCAUAUCUCAAAUUUUUAUUUAAAAGUAAACAAAUUAAUAAAAACAAUAUUAUUAUGUUCUACAAAAACUACACAUCACAAAAAUCAAUCAUUAUAGAAGAUUUAGAUGAAAAACCACUAGAUGAUGCAAUAUCAACAAAGGAACUUAUUGAUUUGGACAAUAAACGAUUACAUUCAAUUCUAGGUAAUGAAUCAUCAUCGAAAUGGAAAGAAAUUACAUCAAAUAUAAUUGAUAAUGAUAUGAUUGUUACAAUUAAAGAUAAAGAAACAAUCGAUUGGUUAUCAGAUAUAGAAACAGGUGGUGGUUGUAGUAUUUUAAAAAUAAGAGAUGCUUUAAAUUCAAAAUUAAAACAAAUGAAACUUGAUUUUAGUACAUUGGAAUUAUUAGAAUAUGCAAGAAUCAAAUUUAAACAAGUAAUUCCAAUUUUAGAUUUAAAUAAAGAGUUGUGUAAUAUCCACAUUUUACGUACUCAUGAUGAUAUUGAAUCAUUAAUCAAUCGUUUAAACCAAUCAAACUUUAAUAACAAUGAAAAUUUAUUUAAAUAUUAUAUGAUUCAAAUAAUUCAAUUUGGUUCAAGAAAUUCAAUGAAAUACCUAAGAUUAAUUUGUGAUUCUAUUGACGAGUUAUUAAUGGACUAUGAAGGUUGGGUAAUUUUAGAUGACACUUUAAGAAGGUUUUAUAUUAACUCAUACCUAAUAGAAGGAGAGAUAUGGGACAAUUCAGUAGGUUAUCAUGAAAAUAAAAAGUUCAAAGAAUACAAAAUACCAACUCAACAAACAUGUCAAAUAAUCAAUCUCACCAAAAUUAAAGUCAAUUUCAAUCACUUUCCAAAUGUAACUUCUUAUUUAUUACAAACAUUUAUCGAACUUUUAAAUUUUGAAGGUGUUCAGUUUAUUCUUGAUAAUUUAAAUGGUAAAAAUUUAAAAUUAAAUGAAAAAGCAUUUAAAGAUCGUUUUCAUGAUAGAAUCUAUACAUGCAAAUAUUUAUAUAAAGAUUUGAUUGAAAUGAUUCAAUUUUUAAUUAAUAAAUUCAAAGAUGGUCAAUUAUCAUUAUCAAAUUUAUCAUUGAUAUUAAAUUUCUUAUUUUCAAUGUUAAUUAGAGUCAAUGAUUUAACAAAUGAUCAAAUCAAAACAGCUUAUCAAUCAAUAUCAAACUAUAUUGAAAUAGAUAGUUCAGAACUCAAUUCAUACUAUUAUUUAAAAACAUUAUCACCCAUUAUUUCAUCAUGUAUUAUCAUUUUUAGAGAUAAUGGUGGUGGUGAUGUUAGACCAUUACUUGAAUAUCAUAUAGAUACAUCAGUAUAUACAUUCGAACAUAUAUUUACAAAUAGAAAUAAUAACGAUCUGAACCAAUUUAUCGAUUCAACAAUCAUGGAUAUUGUAAAAGAUCGUUUUUAUUCUAAUUUAAACAAAAUGUUAGAUAACAAUAAUCCAAGAAUUAAUUUAUUUUUACAUUAUUUCGAAAUUCAAUUAAAAUACAAAAAUGAAAAUGAUUUCAAAGGACCAUUUUUAAAUUAUAAACUAUUGAAAUUAAUAAUUAAAACAUUUGAUUUAGAAUCAUUUAUUAAAUUAGAUAGUUUAUUAGAGAACCAUAAUGGUAAUUGUGAGCAAGAGGGUUCAAAUAACAGGAUUUUAAGCGAAUUAGAGAAAUUUUAUUUUAAUUGGAAAAAACCAUUAUCAUCUAAUAUGGUUGAAUGGUUUGGUAUAAUUGUAUACAAAGAUUAUUCAGAUUAUCAAGAUAUUAUAAAUUACUUAUUUAAUAAAUAUAAACACCAAUUGGAACCAUAUAUAAUUUACUAUAAAUUAAAAAUAAAUAAUAAAUCAAUAACUAAUAAUCAGUUACAUUCAAUUUUAUGUAAUAAAUCAUCAUCGAAAUGGAAAGAAAUUACAUCGAAUCUAAUUGGUAAGGCCGCUGCUACAAUUAAAGAUAAAGAAACAAUCGAUUGGUUAUCAGAUAUAGAAACAGGUGGUUGUAGUAAUUUAAAAAUAAGAGAUGCUUUACAUUCAAGAUUAAAUCAUAUGGAACUUGAUUUUAGUUCAUUGGAAUUAUUAGAGUAUGCAAGAAUCAAAUUUAAACAAAUCAUUUCAAUUUUCGAUUUAUGUGAUGAGUUUUUCGAAAUUCAUAUUUUACAUACUCAUGAUGAAAUUGAAUCAUUAAUCAAUCGUUUAAACCAAUCAAACUUUAAUGAAAAUGAAGAUUUAUUUAAAAAUUAUAUGAUUCAAAUAAUUGAAUUUGGUUCAAGACUUUCAGCUAAACACAUAAGAUCAAUCUUUAAAUCAUUGGAAUAUGGCGUUGACAAGUCAUCAUUGGGAAAUGAUAAUUAUAAAGAGUGGAAGUAUUUAAUAAACAAAGUUUUCAAAUACGAGUAUAGAAGGUUUUUUGAUAACCCCUCAUACAUCCAUGAAGAAUAUUUUUUGGGCCAAAUACUACGUGAUCAUAAAAACGAAGAAUACAAAGAAUACAAUAUACCAACUCGACAAGAAUCUCAAAUAAUCAAUCUUUCUAAAAUUAAAGUCAAUUUCAAUCACUUUGCAAAUGUAACUUCUUAUUUAUUUCAAGGAUCCAUCGAACUUUUAAAUUUUGAAGGUGUUCAAUUUAUUCUUGAUAAUUUAAAUGGUAAAGAUUUAAAAUUAAAUGAAAAAGCAUUUAAAGAUCAUUUUCAUGAUAGAAUCUAUUCAUGCGAAUAUGUUUCUAAAGAUUUAUAUGAUACCAUUCAAUUUUUAAUUGAAAAAUUCGAAGAUGGUCAAUUAUCACUAUCAAAUCUAUCAUUGAUAUUAAAUUACUUAUUUUCCAAGUUAAUUAGAGUCAAUGAUUUAACAAUUGAUCAAAUCAACAUAUCUCAUCAAUUAAUAUCAAACUAUAUUGAAAUAGAUAGUUCAAAAUACAAUUCAUACUAUUAUUUAAAAAUAUUAUCACCAAUUAUUGAAUCAUGUAUUACCGUUAUCGAAGGUCCUACAAGUGAUGAUGAAGAUGGUAAUGGAAAACCAAGACCAUUCUGUCAUUAUGAUAUAGAUACAUCAGUAUAUACAUUCGAACACAUAUUUACAAAUAGAAAUAAUAACGAUCAGAACCAAUUUAUCGAUUCAACAAUCAUGGAUAUUGUAAAAGAUAAUUUUACAAUUGAAAUAUUUUCCAAAAUGUUAGAUAAUAAUAAUCCAAGAAUUAAUUUAUUUUUACAUUAUUUCGAAAUGGAAUUAAAAAAAAGAAAAACAAGUAAUGAUUUCGAAAAUGUAUUUUUAGAAUUUGAACAAUUGAAAUUAAUAAUUAAAACAUUUGAUUUAGAAUCAUUUAUUAAAUUUGAAUAUUUAUUACAACAAUAUCAAUUCUACUUAUCACCUGAUAUCGAUGAAUGGUCAGAUAUAAACAAAGAGUAUGCAAAUGAUCAAGAGGAUAUAAAUGAUGGGUACGUCAAACCAUUAUCAUCUAAUUUGGUUGAAUGGUUUGGUAAAAUUUCAUUCAUAUAUUAUCCAGAUUAUCCAGAUAUUCUUAAUUACUUAUUUGAUAAAUAUAAAAACCAAUUCGAACCAUAUACUAAUUAUAUAAAUUAA